AUGCUGCUCCUGCUGCUGCCUCGGCCUCCCGGUCGCCGCACCGCAGUCGUCUGUGCGUCUGUUGCUGCUGCCUCCGCCCGUGGUCGCCGCCUCCUAGUGCUCGCUACAGCUGCUGAUGCUGCCUCGGCCUCCCGGUCGCUGCAUCCCAGUAGUCAGUGCAUCUGCUGCUGCUGCCUCAGGCACCUGGACUCCGCCUGCCAGGGCUCGAUGCUGCUGCUGCUGCUGCUGAUGCCUCCGCCCGCCGGUCGCCAGUGUUCAGUGCAUGUGCUGCUGCUUCCUCAGCCAUCUAUUCUCCACCCCCCAGGGCUCGCCGCUGCUGCUCCUGCUGAAGCUGCUGCCUCUGCCUCCUGGUCCCCGCAUCACCCUGCUCGAUGCUACUGCUGCUGCUGCCUGUGUCUCCUGUUCACCACCUCCGAGUCGUUGGUGCUUCUGCUGCUGCUGCCUCCGUCGCCUGGUCCCCGCCUUCCAGUGCUCGCUGCUGCCGCUGCUGCUACCUCAGCUUCCCGGUCGUGCCUCCCAAGUCGUCAGUCCUUCUGCUGCUGCUGCCUGAUCCGCCUGCUCGCCGCCAACCAGUGCUCGCUGCUGCUGCUGCUGCUACCUCAGCCUCCCAGUCGGCACAUCCCAGUCAUUGGUGCUUCUGCUGCUGCUGCCUCAGCCACCCGGUCUCCGCUUCCCAGAGCUCGUUGCUGCUGCUGCUGCUGCUGCCUUAGGUCCCUGGUCACCGCAUCCCAGACGUCGGUGCUUCUCCUGCUGCUGCCUCCGCCGCCUGGUCUCCGCCUCCAAGGGCUCGCGGCUGCUGCUGCUGCUGCCUUGGCCUCCCAGUCGCCGAAUCCCAGUCGUCGGUGUUUCUGUUGCCGCUGCCUCAGACUCCUGUUCCGCGCCACCCAUUGGUCGCUUCUUCUUCUGCUGCUGCUGCCUCCACCUCCUGGUGCCUACUGCCUGCUGCUCGCUGAUGCUGCAUCAGCUGCCUCCGCCUCCUCGUCACGACCCCCAGUGGUCGGUGCUGCUGCUGCUACUACCUCCACCUCCUUGUUGCCACCCCCAGUGGUCGGUGCUGCUGCUGCUGCUGCCUCCGCCGCCUGUUCACCAACUCCCGGUGUUAGCUGCUGCUGCUGCUGCUGCUGCUGCUGCGUCCGCUUCCUGGUCCUCGUUUCCCCGUGCUCGCUGCAACCGCUGCUGCUCCCUCUGCCUCCUGGUUGCUGCCCCCAGUGGUCACUGCUGCUGCUGCUAAUUGCUCCGCCGCCUGGACGCCGCCUCCCCUUGUUCGCUGCUGCUGCUGCUGUUGCCUCUGCGUCCUGGUCCCUGCCUCCCAGUGCUCGCUGCUACUGCUGCUACUACUACCUCUCCCUCAUGGUCGCGGCCUCCCAGUGCUCACUGCUGCUGCCCCCGCCUCCUGGUCGCCGCCUCACAUUGGUUGGUGCUGCUGCUGCUGCUGCUGCUUCUGCCACCUAG